UGUGUGCAUUAAGAAACACAGGAAUAAGAAAGUAUCGAAUAAUCCUAUGAAUGGGGAAAAAUAGAUUUCUACAACGCUUCUUACAUUUAAUGCAAUAUCCUCAUCACAGUUAUAGUAUAACCUAAUAUUUCUGCAUGUGUGCUGACAGACAAUUUCAUAAGAAUUAAGAUACAUCUGUAUCCCAAUCUUUGGUCGUCAUUAAUGUGUCCGUUUCUACCAAAGAAAUUAAUUAUAUACAUUCAGUUUUUCAAAAGACAUAUAGGGACUAAAAAUAACAAUUAAAUAUCUUAUUUUAAUUUUAUACUAGUUAACAUUCGCUUCUAAAUUCUGAUGUGCCAGGAUUUAGUUUAUAUAAUACCUCAUUCAUAUCACGGGAACGCAUUCGCACUCAGUUGUGUUGACGUCGGAGGAAAGGCAGAAGCAGCUGAUGGGUGAUACUCGUCACCCAUACCAAUCAGUUGUAAAGAAGGCCUUUAAAAGAAAGAAUUAAAGUAAGUUAGCCAUAAUGUUUGGCAAUUUGAAGAGCAAGCUUGGAGAUGUGACAGAUUUGAAGAAGUUGUCAUCACCUCAGGCAUUAACUUCAGCGGCUGGUGGCUCUCGACAGCGUUCAUCACAGCACACGCCAGGAUCUCUUACACCCAGAUCGCGACAUUCUCGACAGGCAUCCACUGCAUCACUACAGGGACUUGGCUUGCCUAUAUCACCACCACAUUCUCCAUCAGAUCAAAAUGGUUCUUUAAAUAGUCAUGAUCGGACACAGGAACUUGAGCGCGAAAUUUUAAAAUUAAGAUCUACUUUAGAAACACAACAAGAUGUGGCAUUAGAACGACUGAAUACAAAAGAGCAAGAAUGGAAAGCAAAAUUACAAGAGGAACGUGAUAAAUUGAGUGUGAUAAUGGGUGACCUGGAAGCUGCAUCAGAGCGGGAAAAGAGGCUCCAGGAGCAGUUAGAAAGUAAUGCUGCCAACAAAAAACUCUCAACAACACAGCUUAAUGAAGCACAAGCAAGGAUUAAAGGUUUAGAGAAAAAGGUUUGUGAAUUGCACGAUGAUUUGGACCAAAUGGAAGGUUUAAACACACAGGAGGUUGCAAAAAUCAAACAUAUGCUGCUGAACACAAACAGUGAACUAGAGGAAACAAAGGCAGAACUUAAACAGAAGACAGAUGCCCUCAUCGCAACUGAUUCCAGAUUAAACAUGGUAGACACACUAGAGGAACGAAUCAGAGCUCUUAGUGAAGAUAAAACUUCUUUAGAGGGACAGGUGACGAGCCUUUCUCACAAGCUCAAUGCACUUUCUGUUAGGUACACAUCCCUGGAGGAAACUAAGUCUGAGGAAGUGAGCCACCUCCAGAACAGAGUCAUCACAUUAGAGCAGAGACAUUCACAGACCAAUCUACAAGAGACAGAGAAAGUGCAGGCCUUGAUUAAAGAGAGAGAAUGUAUGGAGCACCAGCUGGAGGAAGCACGACAGCAGCUUACCAAUAUAAAAGCUUCAUGGAGUGAAAAGAUAACAACCCUGGAGAAUCAGAUUCAAAACCUUAAUUCAAAGAUUGCAGAGGAUCAGAUGGAUCUGCUGAAAGCAGAAAAGGAAAAUCAUUCACUCACAAUAGAAUUAAGUGCCUUGAAAGACAAAAAUGCAAUCUUAGUGUUGGAAAAAUCAGAAUUGGAGAAGAAAUUAUCAAGUGAAAUCAAGCAACAAAUGGAAGAUCUUGAAACCUUGCAAUGGCAACUCACCAAUACCACAGCUGAGAAGAGCGAACAAAUAACAAUGCUCUCAAGAAAACUUGAAGAAGAGGAAAAACUUCACAGGAGUGUAAAAGAAAGCUUGCUGAACCUAGAAAUUAAAAAUAGAAGUAUAGAGUCAGAGCUUGCAGGUGUUAAAGAUACUUUAACUUCUACUCAAGCUGAUGUGCUAGUUUCACACAACGAAAAUAAAACCCUCCAAGAAGCACUACAACAAGAGAGAGCAUCAGUCCAGAACCUAGAAAAGAGCUUAUCCGAUAGCCAAUCUAAAUUAGAAACAGUAACGGGAGAGAAGCUUAGAUUAUCUCAAAAUCUUGAUGACUAUGUAGAAAAAGUAGCUGCCUUGGAAGAAACUGCAAAGAAAUUAGAAGAGGAAAAGAAAGUGACAUCCUUGGAAAUUUCAAAAUUAACGGAAGAUCUAAGAAAUGUGCAGCAGGAAUGUGUGGAUUUGAGAGAGAAACUAAGUUGCUCAGCAGAGGAUCUUGUGCACAAGAUAGAAGAAUCACAGCUGGUUAUUGACCUUCGGCAAAGCAUCAAGAAUUAUGAAAAUGAACUUGGAGAAAAAAAACAGGCACUAAAGAUACAAGGACAGAGGCUGGCUGACAUGAAGAAGACCAUCCAGAGAGAGUUGCGGCUUUCAGCAGAUACGACGGAUUCAGCUGUUGAUUCAAAUUUAGAGAUAAGACCACAAGCUGCAUCUCCAACGAUACCUGCUAUCCCUGUAAGUGGUAUCCAUUUAACAGGAGCCACUGCAAAUGAUGGUAGUGAUGAAGAUAAUGGUGUAAACAAAACCUACUUGAAGCAUGUCAUCAUCAAGUACCUAACGUCUAGGGAAUAUGAGGCAGUACAUUUAACAAGAGCAGUGGCCACACUUUUGCAUAUGACCCCAGAUGAAGAAACACUUCUGAGGGAAACUCUGGAGUGGAAGAUGUCCUGGUUUGGAUCAAAGCCAAAUUUGGGGAAAGGUCAGAAGUCUUUGACAAUUCCUCCAUCAAACUGACACAUAAUGUGGUGGCUAUAGCAGAACUUUACCCUAGGAAUUUUUGUUAUAAUGAUGCACUUUGGGAGGUUGACCAGAUUACAACUUUUAUUGACAAUUGACACAAAAGAUGUGGUUCUUGAAAAGUAUUCAAGCUUAUUUUUACUUAUAUGGCAGAUAUUACAUUAUUUACUUGUUUUUUAUGAGACUACAAUAAUCCCAUAUAUUUAUUAAUUAAUACUUAUCUAGAAAUGUGUAGAGUGAAUAGGAAAGUAAAAACAAUACUUAAAGCCAUAAAAGAUCAUUCUGCCAGGCUAUUUUGGGCCUUCUAAAGAGUAGAUAUAUUGAUUAAGGGAAAUUUGAGUUUUAAAACAUUAUAUCUGUAUUAGAUGCAAGAAUAUUUAUUGAUGGCAUGAACAGAACAGGAAAUUUAUUUUGUUUUAGUUAAAAGUUGAAUGAAAAAAAAUAAUGGUUACAAAAAAUAUAAAUUAAUAAAGAAGUGAGGAUUCUUCAGUCAUAUACAAGUAAAUGGUGCAGUUGGAUAAAUGGUGUUCAUACAUCUAUGGCCAAUACCUUUUUUUCUGUUCCCUUCUUUGCCUUAAUCUUUAUUUUCCCCAUCACCUAUAAAGUUGAUGCCUCACAUGUGCAAAUUAAGCUUUGUAAGAUGUAAUUGUUACUGAAAUAUAUCAGUUUUGAAUUAUCAAAAAAAUCAAGCACUGCAGCAGCUUCCGUCUGCAAGCUGCUGCAUGUCAAGACAUUACAAAACCAACAAAACACCCCACUAUUCCAGAAAGAUAGUACUUUUUAAUGAUGUCUUUUUUGUAAGAUUUAGACAAGUAGUUUAGGAAUUACAUCAAGUAUGAUUUGGGUGAAAGUAGUUAUUAUGCCCAUUCAGGGGGGCAAGGGCAUUCAUUUCACCACCUUCACUCAGCAGAUCUGCUUUACAAGGCACAUCAUAAGACUAGCUGAACACCAUAUUGUUCUCAAGUGAUAAUUCUAUAUAAUGUUGCCUUUUGUGUAAAAUUUGGAUUAGUAAUAAAAGAGGUAUGAUAUGAGGUCCACCACAGCAACCACCUACCAUCACUACACCACCUCACUCAACAGUCAAACUAAUGAAACCAACAAAUAGAACACUGUUACAGAAGUAUAGUAUUUGAGAAAGAGACCUUUAUAAUCAAUAAGAUUUGGAGUUUGCAGGUAUGGCAAGCACAGGUAGAUGAGGCAGUUGUCAUACCUAAAUGAACUCCAGUGACUAGAGGUUAAAGAGCAUAAAGCCCUUGCCAAUUACAGAACUGCCAUUGCAACAUAAAUUGCAGACAAUGUGAUAGAUUUAGAAGAGAAAGUUUAUUUUAGUCUCAGUGGCUGUGCAUUUCAGACUGACUUGUGUACAGGAAUAGAAUAAAUACUAUUGAGUGUAAUUUUUCAACUGCUUUGAGAAAUAUUUUUUUUAACAAUAUUAAGGUUGAACACUUACUUCACUGCACCCCCCCACCCCCAAUACCUUGCUCUUUCUUGUCAUGGGGGGGGGGGGGGGGGGGCUUAGGAGGCGGAGACUCAGGCCCAAUGUAGGGAGGGGAUCAUUCCUGCCUUGGACCUCAGCCCACGCCUCAACAAAUUUUGCAUUGUCUUUUGUACUCACCCUUCCCUUUUCCUUCUCUUCAUCCCCUUCUGUCCACUUCCUAAUGCGUGAGAGCCAUUCUGAAAGGAAAUGCCAAUUUUUUUCAAAGGCCUCCAGGAGCUAUGGCCAUGGUAUUCCCUUGGUUGAUCACCUAGCCCUUACCCCCUAUGGGGACCCUGAGAGUAGAUGGUUUCUUUUCCCUAUUUAUUUUAGGCUCAGUAUGGCCAGUAAUGAAUUUUUUUUAUCCUUUUUAGGGGCAUUAACCCAAUGGCGACGGGUCACGGCUAUCGCCGUCAUAACAAUACGCAUGAUGUGCGGCGUGCGGCUGUCCGCAGCGGCGCCGCGCCAAAACGCCCCG